AUGAAAGCUGUUGGUAACAAGAAUAAAUUGGAAGAAGUAUUAUUAAAAAGAGCAAAUAAUUUGGCAGAAAGGGGAAACAGCAUGUCUAGUGAGAGUAAAUACAGUAAGAGCAUUUUUGGGUUGAUUAGAAAUAGCAAGUAUGAUGGCACAAAUGCAGAAAUUAUUAGGGACAAUUAUGAGAAAAUACAAAAGAAAGGGUCUUGUUAA